AUGGAGCCAAUCACCAUCCCCAAGACGCAGCGUGCUCUUAUCGGCACCGAGCGUGAUACCCUCGAACUGUCAGACACCGCACCGGUUCCUACCCCUGGCAAGGGAUGGGUACUGGUCAAGAACGUGGCGGUGGGCCUCAACCCCAUCGAUACUAAGCUUACAAGCGGAUAUACGGUCCAUGGAGCAAUUGGUGGCUUUGACUGCUCUGGUAAAGUCAUCGCCCUCGGUCCCGAUGCCUCAGACAGUCCUCUCAAAAUAGGCGAUGAGGUUGGAAUCAUGGUGCUUGGCAUGAACCGGUCGAUGCCGGACGUGGGAGCGUAUUCCCAGUACACUCUAGCUCAGGAGGAUUUCAUCCUUCGCAAGCCACCCGGGUACUCCCUUGCUGACAUGGCGUCUCUCGGCACUGUCUUCAUGGCUGCAGGCCUAGCCAUGAGGCGGCUCGAGCUCCCCGGGACACCCCUGCAGCCCUCGCCAACACCCCACUACGUGCUCGUCUAUGGGGGCGGGACAGCAACAGGCACCAUCUUCUGCCAGUUGACGCGACUGGCGGGUCUCCUGCCAAUUGCUGUAUGCUCCCCCAACAGCAACGAGCUCGCCAAGAAGUCCCAAGCCGUUGAGUGCUUUGACUAUCGCGAUCCCGACGCUUCCGUGGACGCAAUCAAGAAGCUCACCAAGAACGGGCUCAAGUACGCGUUCGACUGCAUUGGCUCGGUUGACUCUGCGCGCUUCUGCUUCCGAGCAAUCGGCCGAAUGGGUGGGCACUACGAGACGGUGCAUGUCCCCCACGAAGCCAUCACGCGAACGAGGAAGACGGUUAAGUCGGGAUUUACGUAUGGGCUUGAGAUGGCGGGGUUGGACAUUGACAUGCCGCCACCUCACGGGCGGCCUGGCAAUCCCGAGCUGAGAAAGUUUGGUGUCGAUCUUGCGCGGAUGCUGGAGGGAUUGCUCCGCGAUGGUAAGAUCGUUCCGCAUCCUGUCCAGGUGAGGGAGGGUGGAUUGGAGGGCGCCCUACAGGGCUUAGAGGAGAUCAAGGCGGGGACCGUUAGGGGCCAUAAGCUGGUUUACUUGCUCUAG